AUGGCUUCGGCUCCUAAGCCGAUGUCCCAAGUGGCAAUGCUCUCGUUGCCUGGACUUGGUUUAACCUCGUUGGCGACUGUGAGAUGUAUGUAUGCCUCAACUUCUAGCAACGCGUCGGAUGGUUUGCAAUUCAUUGAGCUUCCAGACAUGUUCAUGGCCAAUAUGGAUAAAGAGUGUCAUACAGCUGAGGGCAAAGAGACGGUUUUCAAAGAUCCCGAGCACGAUGUCGUUAAUGAUGAGUUCUGUAUUCGUUCUCAGCCUCAUGCUACUAUGUUGCCACCUAAAAACGGUAGCAACUGCUCAAAUCAUUAG